AUGGUAGAACUCAGAUCCAGGUCAGCAACAAGCCCUGAAAACACCAGCGCGGAACCCGUCCCUGGUACUAACACUCCUUCCGGUAACAUCAAUACACCACCUACUAAUUCCAGCAGCACGGAAAGCGCUCCUUCAGAUGUUGCACCACCAAUCACCAGGGCCAGAGCUGCUGCCGCCCCUAAUGUUUUUACGCAGCCUACCAAUCCCAGCAGUACAGAAAGCGCUCCUUCAAGUGUUACACCACCAGUCACCAAGGCCAAAGCAGCUGCUACCGACCCUAAUGUUUCGUCGAAACGGAAAUUGUUAAGAGAUGUGAGUGGGGCACUGGGCCUUUCAAGCAUUUCGCCAAGAAUUUGGAAGCUGCAGUCGAAGAUAGCGGUUACACGACGCCCAAAGUUUCAAAUUGGAGACAUGGUAGUCAAGGCAACCUCAUUUCAAGUCGGAAAUAUAAUGGUGAAGAUAGCUAUUCGAACUGAUUCACCCGAAGAAAGGGAAGAUGAGCCAUAUCUGGUGGCAGAUGUUCUUUUGGGCGGUUACUGGAAACUCAUCAACACCGAAAAGUUGGAAGGCGUAACGGUUCACUUUGGAUGA